CCAAAACUAAAUUAAUAAAAGAUGUCUGAUUGGGAUUCUGUAACUGUUCUUCGUAAGCGUGAUCCUGGAAAGGCCAAGGUCACCCGUACUGAUGCUGAAAUCAAUGCUGCCAGAAGAGCUGGUGUUGCUAUUGCUACCGAUAAAAAGUCCACAUUGACUAACUCUAGUCACGCUGAUACUGAUCAUCGUCGUAUUGCUAAGCUUGAUCGUGAUAACGAUGUUGCCCCUCCUCCUCGUGUGGAUGUCUCUGUUGGUAAGGCCAUUCAAAAGGGUCGUCAAGACAAGAAAAUGCUUCAAAAGGAUUUAGCUGUUGCUAUUAACGAGAAGCCUCAAGUUGUGAACGAAUAUGAGUCUGGUAAGGCUAUUCCUAACCAAAAUGUUCUUGGUAAGAUGGAACGUGCUCUUGGUAUCAAGUUGAGAGGAAAGAACAUUGGUGACCCAUUGACCUUUGGUAAGAAGAAGUAAAUAUCUUUUUCUGUCUAUUUACUAUAAACUAUAUACAUAACCCACACACACACACACACACACGCCACAAUAUUUGUACAAAAACCCUCAAAUAAAAAAAAAACUUUUUUUUUUAUAUGUCCAC